UCAGAUCGAAACCACAAAUCUGAGCAGCGCGUGAGCUGUAUUAAGGGUGUGGCUCUGUAGAAUCGAUGAACAGAGAGGGAGAGGGAGACAGCCGUGGUGGCGUGGUCUCGUCUCUUCGUCUUCGGGUGUGCUCACCGCAUCCGUUCCAGAAUCCACCCCCUCCCUGCCGUGUCCUGCUCCGGCCGCCUCCGUUCUGCCAUGCCGCCGCCGCCCGCCGUGGACGUACGGACGGCGAGAGAGACAGACGAAACGAGGGCGCACGCGUCGAGGUUGCCUAUGACAAUGACAGGAUGGGCCCACCACUGGCUGGAAAAAGAAAAAUUAAAAAAAUAAUCUACAGAUAGUUUCCAGCGGUAGAGGAGGAGACGAGGUUUGUUUAUCCGUUUUAUUCGCGAUGGAGCUCGAGCUGCUAUGCUCACCCAUGGCGACCACCGCCGCGGCGACCAUGGUGGCGGCGGCGGCCCACCACCCCCGCCCGCGCUUCCGCGUGCGCGCCGCCUGGGACAUGAACCCGGGCGCCGCCACCGUCUCCGCGCCCAAGCCCAAGGCCAAGCCCCCGCCGCCGCCGUCGCCGCCGCCGCUGCCGACCGCCCCCGCCCCCACCCACGCCGACCUCUUCGCCCGCCGCAGCAACAGCGAGGGCCAAGUGCCAAAGAAGACCACAAGUAUGGGCUUUGAAAGGUGGUGGCUGCCGCCUCCGCCGGAGGUGAAGAAGCCCCGUUCGCUCUACAACGCCGCGUCCUUGGCGUACUUGGGGGACUGCAUAUAUGAACUUUAUGCUCGGAGACAUUUCUUCUUUCCACCACUGAGCAUCAAUGACUACAACAAGCGUGUAAUGGAUGUCGUGAAAUGUGAAUCACAGGACCUUCUGCUGAACAAACUUCUCGGAGAAGAUUUUCUAACUCAAGAAGAAAGGGACAUACUUCGUUGGGGAAGAAAUAUCGUUAGCAGCAAGACACGUACCAGAAAACGUGCUGGAAUUGCAGUUUACAAUCGAGCAUCUUCACUUGAGACACUGAUUGGAUAUCUUUACCUCACAAAUUUCAAGCGUCUGGAGCAACUGAUGUUUCAAUUAGGGUUUACAAGUGGCGCUUCUUCACAACAUAUUGCAGAUGAGCUUCGCUCGAGUUUCCAGACAAAGAACUCGUCUAGAUCUGUACAGUCUAAGCAAGAAGCAGCAAAAUGAAUAGUUUAGAAUGUAGUGACUGAUACAAGCACAUGUGAAUUCUGGAACAUGAGAUCCAACGGUCACACACACAGUGAGUGAUUCGCGAUUAAUGUUUGGCUGUUUGUCAAAAAAAAGCUAGAGUGAAUUGAACAAUAUAUGAUGUAUGCAUUACUGGAGGCGGCCGCAAGAUAAUGGCUCAACGUCAGUGAGCAUUACUGUUUGGCUGUUUUGCUGUUUUGAUCAGCCCAUUUUGAGGUGCUAAAAAAUGUGUUUCUACUCAUUGAGGGUGAUGUAGGCCAUGGGUGUUAUCAAGACCUUGUGUAUUUGUUCAAUUGUGUACUGCCCAUUGCUAACAGAGCUGUGCUUGCUAUCAGAUGUAACUUGUGCUAUCCGCUUCAUCCGUUCA